CUCUAUUUUUUUUUUCCUCGUGUCGCUUGAUCGCUUUUUACUAUCGAACCCUAUCUAUCAGUCUAUCAUAUUACUUUUUACUGUUUAUUCCCUUUUUUGAACUAUUUUGAUUUUGUAUAUUUGCAUACCACUAUCCAAUCUUUUCACCAUGGCUUUCACCAUCGCUUUUUGAAGCUUUUUCUUUUGUUUUAAGUAAUGAAGUUACUGUGCCACUCUCGCGUCGUCUCUCGUCUUAGUGAUCAAUAUAGUCCACUUUUGAAAACCACAUUUCAACGAAUACUCGCGCCCAACCAACGUUUCGUUCCAUUUUACACUAUUUCAUUUCUACUUUUCUGCAUUCCAACGUUUAUUCUUCACUUUCUUCACCGACCUUCCAGUUUCCGGUCCUUCUUUUAUAUCACUGAUACAUCUUCGGCCUAUUUCGAGCCCGUCAUCAAGCAAUAUUCAGUCUUACCAAUAGUCGAUUUGAUUACUCGUUCUUUCAUUCACGAUGAACGCCGAUGCACCCGCUUUUAUUCCUUCAUUCGCUGGCACAUCUUCAGCAAACACUUCCGACCCUGCUAAAACACCACCAACAUCCAAUCGGUCUCAUCGUCAAAGAUCACAGCCGCGGCAGGGAGCAAGUAAACCUCCCCCGGAAAAACGCGCGCCAAAAGAUCGCAGUAAGAAACGAGAAGAUGCCCCCCUCCGAGAAAAUAAUAAUCCUCGCACCCGUUCCAGCGCACACCAACGUGAACAGACAUCAACAAUUGCCAACGGUUUUCAGCAGAUGAAUCUCGUCGAGAUCGCGCAACAAACCGGAGGAGCAACGGAUAAAAAGGGACGCGUUUCUCUCAAUCAUUUGCUCAACUUUUCCUUCCCUCAGCGACAAGCUCCUCAACACUCUUAUACACCGCGGAAAGUCCGGUCGACGUCCUAUCAACCCUAUAACAAGGAAAGAUUUGUCAAUGCAAACUUUCGUUUCCUGGUCAACGCCUGUGGCGAUUAUACCGUGAAUAUGGCCGAUCCAGACGCAAAUUUUGACUGGGAUAAGAUUGAACAAGUGCUCAUUUCAGCCGCUGAAACACCUUCGUGUCCGAUCUGUUUAUCGCCUCCCACCGCAGCAAGGGUGACCAAAUGCGGUCACAUCUUUUGCCUUCCCUGUAUCCUGCAUUAUUUGGAACUGCGUGAGAAUCCCAGAAAGUUAUGGCGAAAAUGCCCGAUCUGCUGGGACGCCAUUUACGAACGUGAUCUGAAAAGUGUGCGAAUUCAACACCCUUACGCUGUUGCUAACCCUCAAGGAAAUUCUUUCACUGGAAGCGUAUCCGAAGGCGACCAUGUCGAGAUGUGCCUUAUUCAACGUGCUGCGCAUUCAACUCUUGCAUUUCCCAUCUCCGACACCUGGCCUGUACCUGCAGACAUCCUUCGUCAGUAUUUGGAUGCCAACGCUGCGCUGAAUCCCUGGCAUUUCACACCCAAUGCCAUGCAAUUCGCCAAGUUCAUGCUGACGAGCCCGGAUUACAUCGAAACAGAAUAUAAGCGAGAUCGACGAGAACUCUUGGAUGCUGCAAACGAUGCAACCAGCUGGGGAUCAACGGAGGAAAUGCCGUAUAUUGAGCGUUCCAUCGAGCAAGUGGACUCUAAACUGAAAGAUACCAAUGAACAACGAUCCAAAGAAAUGGAGUUGGCCAUGCAAACAUCCAGAAACAUUUUCCAUGAUGUAACCGAUCGAUCCGUUGCUGGAAAGAACCGAACUCUGGUGGCCUCUAAGAAGGAAAUCAUUUCGCAACCCGCAGACGAUGUCGAAAUUCCAGAAGCGUACCGACAAUUGCAUCUACGCUUGGAUCAAGACAAAGUGAACAAUGAAAGCAGCAGCGUUCGUCAGGAAACAAAGACAUCCACCCCAAAGAAACCCGCAGACGCGAAACGAUUGGAUGAAACGGCACUGCACGAUUUUUACUUUUUCCAAGCCGUCGAUGGACAACACCUGUAUUUGCAUCCAUUGGAUAUUCGCAUUCUAAAGUACGAAUACACCGAUUAUCCAUCUUUUCCUCGACAGUUAAAUAUCACCGUGACCGGUGUCGAAGAAACCACAGUGACCGAGGAUCUUCGAAAGCGAUUCAAGUAUUUGAGCCAUUUACCUUUAGCUUGCGAUGUAACGUUCCUUGAAGCAGAAAUGAAGGACAUUGUGUCUGAAAAGACACUCAAAGCUUUCAGUCAUGAACUGAAAAUGCGAGCGAAAAAGCGACAAGAUCGUGUCAAACGCGAAGAAAAGAUACGACGUGCAGCCGAGGCUAAGCAACGAAAGCAGACACAAUCUGUCCCUCGAUAUGACGAAGAACAGAUUCGCAACGAUCCUUUUUUUGCUGCCUAUCGUCCCAUGUCGGCCGAGGAAAAUGAAGCCAUGAUGAAUCGUGCAUUGGAGGAAUCAGCCGCAGCAGCGAUGGCCGACAAUGCGCUACUUCCAUCGUCCGAUCCGGUUGGCAAAGAGUCCUCCAGUAACCCCAAAACAGUCUGGGGAACGCCCGCCGUGCCCAGCGCCGCAGAGAUCCUCCAACAAGAAUCGAAUGAAUGGGCCGACCACAUUAUUGUCACCAAAAAGACAAAGAAGAAGAAGGGCAAACGAUCUUAAACAAUUUUUGUAUAAAAGAAAAAAAAAGAAAAGCAAAAUGCUAAAAUCAGUGGAGAUAAAAACUGAUCAAGUAAAAAAAAAACUGUCAAGUAAUGAUUUUUGUUGUUUAUAAACGUGUCACGAUAUGUG